AUGAGGACGCCUGGAGUCUUGAUACCGGCAGAUUCAUUUGCCUACGUACAAGAUGAGAGCCUGAGGGACAUUUUAAACACUACGUUAGGGGUAUGGGAGAGCCCCAACCAACACUACCGUUCGCUAACACAGCCUAAGUUCGAAGGCAUCUUGGUCCUCAACCUUCCAUUCCGUACCGACCGUCGCGAUGCGAUGAGCCUUUCAGCAGCCACCUCAAACAUCAAACUCGAGUUCGUGGAAGGCGUCACGGGCGGGAGCAUCAAUGAAAAAGCAUACCCUCCACCAGAAGAGAACAGGAAGCAUUCUGCAGGCAUUCGAGGAAGUUGGAGAACACAUAUGAAUGCUCUACAAAGAAUAGUCGACCAUAAUCUUACCACCGCACUGAUUUUCGAAGACGAUGUAGACUGGGACAUUCGAAUUCGUCAAAACCUACAACGGUUCGCACUCGCAUCACGCUUUUUAUCAGGGAACCAUGGAAUCUCUACUGUGAAGGACAAACUCGAAACGCAUACAAACACAGAGACAGAAGACACAGCCUUCAAGAUCAUCGACACUUCAAACCUCCCAAAGACACUAACCUCCCUCCCUUUAUCUUCCAUACCCUCCUACAGCAGCACUCCCCACAUCUCACCCUACGGCGACCCAACACAAUGGGACAUACUCUGGCUCGGCCACUGCGGUACCGGCAUGCCACGUCCAGCACCCAGCCCACACAUCCCCAUCAACCAUCGCCACAGUACCACUACGACCAUCUUGACCCAACCCAACGAUUCCACGGUCCCCUCUGCACAACACCUAAAAGCUCACCCCUUCCAAGGUGGCCCCGACGCCUUAGGUACCACAUUCCCACCCCACACACGAAUCUAUCACCGAGCAACGGGCGGGACUCUAUGUACAGUCAGCUACGCUGUCUCCCAACGCGGCGCCCGACGCCUCCUCCAUCAAUUUGGCGUAAGUGGGUGGAACGGCAUUUUCGACAGCGAAUUAGGCCGGUGGUGUGCUGGCAACGAUCCUGACAUGGGCCGGCAGGCCCAGAACUCUCAUACUACUAUGGAGGGUGGGGGCAUAGGUGUGAGUGGAGACGAUAGGGUGUGUGUAACGGUUCAGCCACCAAUAUUUGCGCAUCAUCAUCCAAACAAUGGGGAGAGUGAUAUUGGAGGGUUGGGUGGAGGUUAUGCGAAAAGGUACGAAACAAAAUAUUUGAGGUAUAGCGUUAGGAUGAAUCUUGCGGCUUUGGUUGGGAGGGUAGGGGGAGAAGGUGACACGGAGGGUUUGGUGGACCAGUGGCCUGAUGGUGAGGAAUGA